UAAAGGCGGAGAGGCUCCCGCACACACAGUUCUUCUCUCAUCUCUCUCUCUCUCUCUCUCCAAUUCCAGAGUUUUCUCUCUCUAUACGAAUAUUCUUUUUUUCUUUAAUAAAAACUUCUUGUUCUUGAAGUGUCUCUUUAAAAGCAUAAGAAUAAGAAUAAGCAUAAUCAAGAAGUAGAAGUAGCAGUAGCAGUAACAGUAACAGUUGUUGGAGAGAGAGCUAGAGAUGGCAGGAAACGAUUGGCUGAACAGCUACCUGGAAGCGAUACUGGACGUUGGGCCUGGCCUCGAUGAUGCCAAGUCCUCUCUUCUUCUCAGAGAAAGAGGCAGGUUCAGUCCUACCCGCUACUUCGUCGAGGAGGUUAUCGGUUUCGAUGAGACCGAUCUCUACCGUUCUUGGGUUCGGGCUUCUUCGACCAGGAGUCCUCAGGAGAGGAACACCAGGUUGGAGAACAUGUGCUGGCGGAUUUGGAACGUUGCUCGCCAGAAGAAGCAGCUUGAGAAUGAGACGGCGCAUAGAGUGAAUAAGCGUCGACUCGAACGCGAGAGAGGGCGCAGGGAAGCUACUGCUGAUAUGUCUGAAGAUUUGUCCGAAGGAGAGAAAGGAGAUCCGGUCAGUGAUGUUUCCGCACACGGCGGCGACGCCGGCAGAGCAAGAUUGCCAAGAAUCAGUUCUGCUGAUGCUAUGGAGUCUUGGGCUAACAGUCAGAAGGGAAAGAAGCUCUAUAUUGUACUCAUAAGCAUUCAUGGCCUAAUACGAGGUGAGAAUAUGGAGCUAGGACGUGAUUCUGAUACUGGUGGUCAGGUUAAGUACGUCGUGGAACUCGCAAGGGCUUUAGGAUCAAUGCCGGGAGUUUACCGGGUUGAUUUACUAACUAGACAAGUUUCGGCGCCGGAUGUGGAUUGGAGCUAUGGGGAACCAACAGAAAUGUUGAGUCCAAGAAACACUGAUGGUUAUGGAGAUGACAUGGGAGAGAGCAGUGGUUCUUACAUCGUUCGAAUUCCCUUUGGUCCAAGGGAUAAAUAUAUUCCGAAAGAACUUCUCUGGCCUUACAUUCCUGAAUUUGUUGAUGGAGCACUCAAACACAUUAUACAGAUGUCCAAAGUUCUUGGGGAGCAAAUUGGCAGUGGGCAUGCUGUCUGGCCGGUUGCCAUCCAUGGACAUUAUGCAGAUGCAGGUGACUCUGCUGCUCUUCUAUCGGGUGCUUUAAAUGUUCCAAUGCUUUUUACUGGCCACUCACUCGGUCGAGAUAAGUUGGAACAACUUUUAAAGCAAGGUCGACUAUCAAGGGAUGAAAUAAACACAACUUACAAGAUUAUGCGUAGGAUAGAAGCUGAGGAAUUAGCCCUUGAUUGUACUGAAGUUGUCAUAACAAGCACUAGACAGGAAAUAGAAGAACAAUGGCGCUUGUAUGAUGGUUUUGAUCCAGUAUUGGAGCGUAAACUACGAGCAAGGAUCAGGCGUAAUGUGAGCUGUUAUGGUAGAUCCAUGCCUCGCAUGGCGGUGAUUCCACCUGGUAUGGAGUUCCAUCAUAUUGUUCCUCAAGAUGGUGAUAUAGAAGGUGAACCAGAAGGGAGUUUGGACCAUCCCGCCCCCCAAGAUCCACCUAUUUGGGCCGAGAUAAUGCGCUUCUUUACCAACCCUCGCAAGCCUAUGAUACUUGCUCUUGCUAGACCAGAUCCCAAAAAGAACAUCACAACUUUGGUGAAAGCAUUUGGAGAAUGUCGUCCGCUUCAAGAGCUUGCUAACCUUACGUUAAUUAUGGGUAACCGAGACGGAAUUGACGAAAUGUCAAGCACAAGUGCUUCUGUUCUUCUCUCAGUUCUUAAACUGAUUGACAAGUAUAAUCUGUAUGGGCAAGUAGCAUAUCCUAAACACCACAAACAAUCUGAUGUUCCUGACAUAUAUCGUCUAGCAGCAAAGACUAAGGGUGUUUUUAUUAAUCCAGCUUUCAUUGAGCCAUUUGGUCUGACCUUAAUUGAGGCAGCUGCUCAUGGUUUGCCAAUGGUUGCUACUAAAAAUGGAGGUCCUGUUGAUAUUCAUCGGGUACUUGACAAUGGUCUGCUUGUAGAUCCCCAUGAUCAGCAGUCUAUUGCAGAUGCUCUUUUGAAGCUUGUUAGCAACAAGCAACUCUGGGCAAAAUGUAGACAGAACGGGUUGAAGAAUAUUCAUUUAUUUUCAUGGCCUGAGCAUUGUAAGACUUACCUGUCUAGAAUAGCCGCUUGCAAACCAAGGCAUCCACAAUGGCAGCGAAGUGAGGAUGGAGGCGAAAGUUCAGAAUCAGAAUCACCCAGUGAUUCCUUGAGAGAUAUACAGGACUUAUCUCUCAACUUGAAGUUUUCAUUGGAUGGAGAGAAGAGUGGGGGUAGUGGAAAUGAUAAUUCUUUGGAUCCUGAUGGAAAUGCUACUGAUAGAAGCACUGCUGAUAGAAGCGCUAAAUUAGAAAAUGCUGUUUUGUCAUGGUCAAGGGGCAUCUCUAAGGACACGCGCAGGGGUGGGGCUACAGACAAGUUAGAUCAACAUUCAAAUGCUGGUAAAUUUCCGCCAUUGAGGAGAAGGAAGCAUCUCUUUGUCAUUGCCGUGGAUUUUCAUAACACUUCUGAACUUUGUGAAAUCAUUAAACUCAUCUUUGAGUCUGCUGGAAAGGAGAGGGCUGAGGGUUCUGUAGGGUUCAUAUUGUCUACAUCAUUAAACAUAUUUGAGAUACAGGCAUGUAUGAUGGCAAAUGGUUCGAGUCCCAAUGAUUUUGAUGCUUAUAUUUGCAGUAGUGGCAGUGAUCUCUACUAUCCAUCCCACAAUCCUGAAGAUCGUUCAUUUGUGGUUGACUUGUAUUACCACUCACACAUUGAAUACCGUUGGGGCGGAGAAGGGUUAAGAAAGACUUUAGUACGUUGGGCAGAUUCAGUCAAUAGUAAGAAGGGUGAGAGUGAUGAACAAAUUGUGAGCCCUGCUGAAAACAUUUCUACUGACUACUGUUAUGCUUUCAAUGUGCGAAAGCCAGAAAUGGCCCCUCCCAUGAAGGAGGUUCGUAAAGUACUGAGGAUUCAAGCUCUGCGUUGCCAUCCUAUAUAUUGUGAGAAUGGGACAAGACUGAACGUAAUUCCAGUACUGGCAUCUCGUUCCCAAGCCCUCAGAUACCUGUGUGUUCGAUGGGGUUUUGAUCUGUCAAAGAUGGUGGUGUUUGUUGGAGAAUAUGGUGACACGGAUUAUGAAGGACUGCUUGGUGGCAUACACAAAACUGUGAUAUUGAAGGGACUCGGAAGCGGUGGAAUUAGUCAACUCUAUAAUAGCAGAAGCUAUCCUCUUUCAGAUGUCAUGCCAUUAGACAGCCCCAACAUCGUUGAGGCAACGGAGGAGAGUAGCAGUGCUGACAUCCAGGCUUUGAUAGAAAAAGUAGGAUAUCUCAAGGGAUGAAAGCCAUUUGGGUUUUGUUAUGCCUUUUGUGGUCUUGUGAAACCUACUAAUAAUAUGAUAAUAUGACAUUUGUCCACAAUGUUUAUAAUGCUUUUUUCUUCAUUCUCUUUGUCACAACCUUGCCCCAUAUAGUAUAUUUCCUCUUGUUCCACUUGUGGUGCCUCUUAGUUUUGUAUUUGUUAGAAGGUAGAGCGCAGAAAC